AUGAGUGGUAACGCAGAGCUGACUGUCCGUCGUGCGUGCGAGAGUUGCAGGCGAAAGAAGACGAAAUGCACUGGAGAGAAACCCAUUUGUUCGUUCUGUGAACGCCUUGAGCAGCCGUGUGAGUAUCUUCCACGACAUCGGGAAACGACAAGGCGCAAAAGGAGGACUACUUCUAAAUCUAACUCUCAAAAUCAUGCGAGUGGUAGUGGCAGUUCUCUCACCCCGGAAUCACUUCUUGAGCAAAGACAUGCGACGGAAUUAGUAGUUGAGAGACCCAUCACUAGACAAACACUCUCUGACCAGCCCUCAACGCCAUGGUACGCUCCAAUCUCCCACUUUAGUAGUACCUUGCCGUCUUCAGAAUCCCUCGACAAGGCUGUUGAGGUGUAUGGCAAUCGGCUCUACUUCCAACCACUCCCGCUCUUCAGACCUGAGGGUCUCAGAGAUCGAGUGGAGAGCUUUCCUCUGUUUCUGCAAUGGAUCUUUCUCGCUCUUUCGCUAUCCAACCUACCAUAUGACUCGAAUAGCGCCAAGGAGGCCGAUCUCAUUCAUCUAAGGGCUAGGUCUGCCCGCGACACUGUCCUCGAGCUCGCUAUGAGGGGAACAGCCAAGCUCGAAAUCUCACAGGCUCUCUGCUUGCUAGCCUUGGCUGAUAUUCUCGAGGGAAGACCUGCGUUGGCAUUGAUGGCUAUAGGAGCCGCCAGUAGACUAGAACUCGUUCGCAGCAUGAGCUUUGUCAACUCACCGCAAAGCAGCCCCCAAGACGACGCUAGUCUGAGAUGCUACUGGAGCGUUUUUAUCCUGGAAAAGGCCUUUGCACCACGGUUCACUCUUCUAUCUCAGAGUCUCGCGCCCCCAGAGUAUCCAAGAAGCACGCGUGAGCCUUCUCCCCCAUCUUGCCAGGCAGACGAGGACUUUGCCCCGGACCUGGCCAAUAUCCGGGACGACAGUAAGCCAGACCCUGGUAUUAUAGCUCAUGCUCUACGGGGAGUGUCAUUCUGGGGCGAUGUGGUUUCGUACAUCCACUCUAUCCGAGUCGGGCAAGCCGACAGCCCGUCUAAUACGGAUUCCAGCUUUUACAGGUUAACCAACAAACUAUACGACCUAGAAGCUAAACUUGGCCAUGUGCACUUUGUACGUAACGUGGGAUUCUCGGAGCGGACUUUGGAUGAGUUACAGAGACAUCACGACUACUGGGUGCCUUGGCUUGUCUUUCAGAUGGCAGCCCACGCAACACAAGGAGUUCUCAAUCAUCCAUUCAUUCAUCUCGUCACCUUAAGAAAAGCGAACCGACCUUCUCAGCCGAGGCUAUUUUUACAGGGAACUGUUGAUCAAGCCAUGUUUCACUCUUCUUGGGUUGCUCGAUUGGCACAGACGUGUAUGGACAUUGGGUUUGUGGUUUACGACCCGUUGAUUUGCGACAUGGUUGCAGCUACGGCUACUAUUGCUUGGUUGUUUCAGUAUGCUAGAGACAGCAAGGUAUCUGAUACAGCGAGGGAGAAUUAUCGGAAAUGUGUCGACUUUCUUUCAUCGAUGCCGUAUCCUAGUCCACGAGGCGCCCAAAAGCUCGAGCUUCUCCAUCAGCUACAAACAAUGUCCAGCCAAGCCCAAGACAACAACAUGAUCAGCUUCCAGCCCGCAAAAAUCUGGCAACUCAUCGACUCGGACAUAAUGGACACGGUAGCACCACAGAUCAUGACUGACGACACACCUGGCGGCCAGUCAAACGUCUCAAACACAACUGUGAGCGUGCAGACGACGUUUGUCCAUCCCGUGGGAGACAAGAGGGCCCAAAGGGAGCUUCACUCCGACGCCCAGCUCCCGAGUGCGGAUGGCUUCUAUGAGGAAGGGUUGGAGCAGUUUUCGCUUGAUAGUAUAUUCUCGCAGCCUAUUUUUAUCGAUCAUGCUUGGUUACAUGUUUAA